AUGUUCUUCUUUUCCUCCAGAGGCACUACGGCUGCUCUGCUGGGUGCGGCGCCGUUGGUGACGGCCGCCGUGUCGGCUCAGGUGGACGUUGCCUGGCAUCCUCCCUCGAAGACCGAGAUCAAUGACUUGGACAAGGUCCUCAGCGGUAAAGGUGUGUAUGGCUUCAUUUACGAUUCAUCCAACACACCGGAUGAUAAAUAUGGAAGCUAUAAUUGGUGCAACAUGCCCCAUGUGAGGAAACGGGAGUAUGUGCGACCGUCGCGCGAGUAUGAACUACAAUAUGUCGAACUGAUCCAUCGCCAUCAUAAACGCACCCCUUAUGCGUCGAACGCUUUCCCCGUGGAGUCUUACCAGUGGAACUGCGAUGACAUCGGCCUGUAUUAUCACGGUGAACCUUGGGAAGGACAUGACCCGGCUCGCACGUAUUGGCAGGGCUACAUCUCUCCCGUGAACCCCUUCGUACCGUCCGGAUGGAUCGGUACCUGCCAGUUCCCUCAGAUUACGGCUGAGGGACUCGACGACUCCUGGGUGCACGGGGCAGACCUUUACGGUGUCUACCAUGACCUUCUCGGUUUCCUGCCUAGCAGGCGCGAGGACUGGACCAAGACGGUCAAGUACCGAGUAACCAACAACGUCAUCACGAGCCAGGUUGCCGGCAUGGUAGUAAACGGCAUGUGGGGAGUGAAGAACCCCGUCCCGCUUCUGAUUCAGGCAUCUGCCAUUGAUAGCCUCGAGCCCAAGUACUCCUGCAGCGCCGGCUCCAAAGCCUUCGACGCCAUCAAAUCCAGUGCCAACCCCGCCUGGAAAUCCCACCUCGACUCCACCGCCUCCCUCUACGCCACCCUCGACGACAUCUCUGGCGUGCCCCCCUCCGACGGCGGCUUCCAUGCCUCGUUCGACCACUACUACGACAACCUCUCGGCGCGGCAAUGCCACGCCAAGCCCCUCCCCUGCAAGCUCGUAAACGGUGUUAACAGCACCACGUGCGUGACGCAGGACCUCGCCGACGCCGUCUACCGCCUCGGAAACUGGGAGUACAGCCAGAUGUACCGCGACGCGUCCACGUCCCUAGCCGCCAGCGUCGCGAGCUACGGGGUUUGGAUCGCCGAAUUGGCGGCGAAUAUCCGUGCUGCCGUAGAGGGGAAGAGUUCCGUGAGGUAUCUGCAUAAUGUUGCGCAUGACGGCUCGGUGUCUCGAGUUCUUUCUAUCCUGCAGAUUGAUGGCAUGGUUUGGCCUGGGAUGGGUUCCGAGGUUGUUUUUGAGCUGUGGAGGAAGAAGAAGCAGGGUCACCGGCCUCGUGGGGCUGGUGAGGGAGGUCAGGCUGCGACGCCCGCGGGGCAUGGAAGUGGAGGGAAGCCUGGUCAUGGCAAUGGGGGCAACGACGGUGAGAGUGAAUACUUCGUUCGUGUCCUCUUUGGAGGAAAAGUUCUUAAGUCGUCGAGUCCGACGCUUGGAACUAUGGAUAUGAUACCCGUACAGACUCUGUUGGAUUACUUCGAUGGGCUGGUUGGCGAGAAUGCUAGCUUGGUCAAGGGAUUGUGCGCUUAA